AAGGUGCGGUGCUGCCGGAGGCUGGAGCCGGGCGGCUGUUUCACGAAGAUACCUCAUAAUGACGUUGUCUUCUUGUUUACUCUGGAACACGUUUGACAUGAGUGCAGCUAUGGACUCUAAACCCAAUAUACUUCUGUUUGUGGCUGAUGAUCUUGGCAUUGGAGAUAUAGGUUGCUAUGGAAACAAUACCAUAAGGACCCCGAACAUUGACCGUCUGGCUAGAGAAGGAGUGAAACUUACUCAGCACAUUGCCGCAGCUCCGCUCUGCACUCCGAGCAGAGCAGCUUUUCUCACUGGCAGAUACCCUAUCAGAUCAGGGAUGGCCUCCAGCAAUCAGUACCGAGUGCUGCAGUGGAACGCAGGGUCAGGAGGGCUCCCUGCAAAUGAAACCACCUUUGCUAGGCUGCUACAGAAACAAGGCUAUACCACUGGACUGAUAGGGAAGUGGCAUCAAGGUGUAAACUGUGAAUCCUUCAAUGAUCACUGCCACCAUCCUCUAAACCAUGGGUUUGACUACUUCUAUGGCAUGCCUUUCACGCUCCUGAACAACUGUCAGGAAAACAAACCUCCAGAGCUGGGUGCAGCCCUUCAAGCUAAGCUUUGGCUAUACAGUCAGAUGAUUGCCCUUGCUGUGUUCACUCUCACUGCUGGAAAACUGACUGGUUUGAUUUCCAUCUGUUGGAAGAUAAUUGCCUGUUUUACUUUGUUGGGCUGCAUUUUCUUUAUUUCUUGGUACUCCAGUUAUGGCUUCGUGCAGUAUUGGAACUGUAUCCUGAUGAGGAAUCAUGAUAUCACUGAGCAGCCGAUGAGGUUGGAGAGGACUGCUUCUCUCAUACUGAAGGAGGCAACAUCAUUUAUCAACAGAAACAGGCACAGACCGUUCCUUCUAUUCGUUUCCUUUCUACAUGUUCAUACCCCACUUUUCACUACGGCAAAAUUUCUGAAGAGGAGUCAACAUGGUUUAUAUGGAGACAACGUAGAAGAAAUGGACUGGAUGGUGGGCAAAAUUCUGGAUUCUCUUGACAAGGAAGGUUUGAAAAAUAAUACAUUCACAUACUUUGCCUCUGACCAUGGAGGACAUUUGGAGGCUCAGGAUGGUUCUGCCCAGCUAGGUGGCUGGAACGGUAUCUAUAAAGGUGGGAAAGGUAUGGGAGGCUGGGAAGGAGGGAUCCGUGUGCCAGGCUUAUUUAGAUGGCCAGGAGUGUUACCUGCAGGCAUAGUUAUCGAUGAACCUACAAGCCUUAUGGACAUUUAUCCCACUGUAGUUCAUCUGGCUGGAGGAAUGUUACCCCAGGACAGAGUAAUUGAUGGACAGAACUUGAUGCCUUUACUGCAAGGAAGAGUUCAACAGUCAGAGCAUGAGUUCCUGUUUCACUACUGUGGGUCCUAUUUGCAUGCAGUGCGGUGGCACCAGAAGGACAGUGGAGCCAUCUGGAAGGCUCAUUAUGUGACCCCAGUCUUCCUUCCACCUGGGGCUGGAGGUUGUUACGGAAAGAGAAUUUGCCCAUGCUUUGGGGAAGGUGUGACCCAUCACAAUCCUCCGUUGCUGUUUGAUCUCGCACGAGACCCUUCUGAAACCAGACCUCUAGCGGCUGACACUGAACCCCUCUUUGACACUGUAAUAAAGAGGAUUGGAAGAGCCAUUGAAGAGCAUCGCAGGACACUGACUCCAGUCCCGGAGCAGCUCUCCUUGUACAACGUCAUAUGGAAGCCGUGGCUGCAGCCGUGCUGUGGGACAUUCCCAUUCUGUUGGUGUGAUAAGGAGGGUGACAGCACACGUACUUCGUGAGAUGGAUGGCCACUAAUAUGUUCUGUGGCGCUGAGUUCUCUACUGAGAAAGGUUUCAGAAGAUAAUCAUGUUGGGGCCCAAUAAAAUAUUGUUUUUCUUGGAAGAAAAGUAGAUGAAAAUAAAGAAAAGGAAUGUUGAACAGAGA